CAACUCUGAGUUGCGCGCCUAAUAUUGGGUGCAUCUUUGACUUACUUACUGUUUUAACAUACUGUACACACGUGUCGUAUCAAGCACUGUUCCCCUCACGACCAGUUAGUAUUGUGGCUUACACCUACGACGCCUUUAUAAGUUACCUCCUCAUCACCCCAAAGGAGAGCAGCUUCGAAAUUCACUAACAGGAAUCUUUAAGUCAAGUUCCUAGUAUGAUGCCUGCUAUCAUGGACCUUCCAAACGACUUCAUUCCGAACAAUGGCCGGAAGAUUCCUGCUGUUGGCCUUGGAACCUUCCAAGGCGAGUACGGGAAUUCUUUAGUUAAAGAUGCCAUCAAACUGGCUUUGGCACAGGGUUAUCGGCAUAUUGAUGGCGCGCAUGCCUACGGCAACGGGAAGGAAAUCGGCGAAGCCAUUAGAGAAAGUGGUAUUCCUAGGCAGAACAUCUUUGUGACGUCUAAACUCGCACAGAUAUGGCAUGACCCUGCGGAUUUUGAAACAGCUUUAGAUGAAUCGCUUAAGGACCUGCAACUAUAUUAUGUUGACCUAUAUCUGAUGCAUUUCCCUCAUGCCUAUAAGGCUGGUGAGAAUAACAAGACAAUAAGACACUCGAGCGGUAACGGAAAGCCUGUCAUUGACUAUGACCUUUCCAAACGUUAUCCGGAGACAUGGCAAGCAAUGGAAAAGCUUGUCGCCUCUGGGAAGGCACACUCGAUCGGAUUGUUCAACUUCAACAUUCUCAAGACCAAAAGGAUUCUCGAGAUUGCAAAGAUUACCCCGGCAGUCAUCCAAGCAGAAAUUCAUCCAUAUCUUCCACAGCAUGAGCUCCACGGGUUUGCGGCCCAGCAUGGCGUCCUGAUCAUAGCUCAUCAACCCCUUGGUGGCCGUCCGAUAUCCCUGGUUCGAGGGAAUCCUGACGAACCAUUUCCAACAGAAGACCAAAAGAUCAUAGACGUUGCAACUAAGUGUAACAUGACACCCGCACAGGUCUGCUUGUCUUGGGCUGUGCAGAGGGGAAUAGCAGUCGUUCCUAAAUCUAUUAAUAAGGAACAUAUGAAGCAGAAUCUGCAGCUUGAAAGACUUCCUGAUGAUCUUUUCGCCACCGUCGAUCGUCUUUCUUUAGAACGGGGCCCUCUUCGCUUUCUUGGCCCCAGCCGGCAUAUCGGUUUCGACAUUUUCGAUGAAGGAAGGGAUCAACCAGUGGAGGAUUGCGCACCCUGGGGUUGAAAUUGAGUAUCGUCAUGGUCUCAUACGUCUAUCUUAAGACGCCAUAUGGAGGGCAAUAAUAUGAUAUGACUCUAAUUGUUGCUAUAUUCUUAUAUUCAAAGCUUUAACUGCGCAGCGUACCUAGGUACCACGGUACCCAACUUCAAGAUUCAAGUAACUUCGCCCAGUCCAAAGCCGUCGUCCCCUCCAUUAGCCAAGAGAGCUUCCACCAGUUCAGAAAACCCAUAUCUUCGGGCAUGCACGAUUGGCAUC